CUGAAACCAUGAAAGAAGAAGUUAAAGCUUUGUCCUUUUCUCUUUUCCAUUUCUUUACUGAACAAUGUCUUUCUCCCAUUGCAACCACUGGGCUUGGUUCAUCUUGUCCUCUUGCGUCUUAAGUAAGAGAACCCAACAAACAAAAAUAAAUCUUUCCGCAUCGGGCUAUGUCACAGCUUCUUCUUGGGGUGGUUUCAAGAACUCAACUUUACAUCAUGAGAUUGUUGUUCUGUUGAUAGAGUUUUACAGUUCUGGGUUCGGAGAGAUCUGAGUUCACCCCAACCCCACUAGCUGAAUCUGAGAUUAGUGUUCUUUCUAGAAGUCGACCAUGUCUAUAACUUGUGAACUCUCGAAUCUUACUUCAAAGAAGGCAAAGGAAUCGAGCAGUGGCCAGAAUUGGCUUAAAAAGCCUCUCUUGUUCUUGAUUCUGUGUGGCUCUAUGGUAGUUAUCGUUCUGGUUAUGUUCUCACGGUUAGGUAGGACUCAGAAGGAGCAGAGAUGUUCUUGUAAUGGAGAAGCUAAGGUGCUGUAUAGACAUCAAAACGUUACCAAGAGUGAGAUUCAUUAUUUGGUCUCUUUGUUCUCUGAUUCAGAUCAGGUAUUAUCCUUUGAAUGUCGUAAGGAAUCAACCCCUGGAAUUUGGGCAAAUUAUGGUAUUACAUGUUCCCUAAAUAUGCUUUCCGAGAAACAAGAGACUGGAGGGGUUCCCUGGAAUCUUCAUCCUUCAGGCGUAGCACAUUCUGUCUCAUCAACAUCUCAUUUCUGUAAUAAUCUUGAGCAGAGUUUACAUCAACCCGAAAACCCCGAAAACAUUGAAGAAAAAGACUAUGAAGAUGGGGCGGAUCAGGGUUUAUCAUCAUCUUAUAUAAGAAAUGCAUGGUGGUGUCUAAUCCUUGGUGUGUUACUGUGCCAUAAGAUUUUUAUAUUUCAUUCUAAAGCACCAACUGAGAGUAAAGAAAGAGUGCAUCUGCAAGAGCCUUUAGGUCAAAAGAAGCAGCAACAACGUGCUCAGACUUCUUCUAGAGGGGCUGGAAGAUGGAGGAAGAACAUCCUUCUCCUCGGUAUCUUAGGAGGAGUUUCCUUCUCCGUAUGGUGGUUUUGGGACACCAAUGAGGAGAUCAUAAUGAAAAGAAGGGAGACUUUAGCAAACAUGUGUGAUGAAAGAGCCCGCGUGUUACAAGAUCAGUUCAAUGUUAGCCUCAACCAUGUUCAUGCCUUGUCUAUUCUUGUAUCUACAUUUCACCAUGGGAAAUCCCCUUCUGCCAUUGAUCAGAAAACAUUUGAAGAAUAUACUGAGAGAACAAACUUUGAGAGGCCUCUUACAAGUGGUGUAGCGUAUGCUUUAAAAGUCCCACACUCGGAAAGAGAGAACUUUGAAAAGGAGCAUGGAUGGUCAAUAAAGAAAAUGGAAACUGAGGACCAGACAGUUGUCCAAGAUUGUGUCCCUGAAAAUUUUGACCCAGCACCUACUCAAGACGAAUAUGCGCCAGUUAUAUUUGCUCAAGAAACUGUUUCCCAUAUUGUAUCGGUCGACAUGAUGUCUGGAGAAGAAGACCGUGAAAACAUCUUGCGGGCAAGGGCAUCAGGAAAAGGAGUAUUAACAUCUCCAUUUAAGCUUCUUAAGUCAAAUCAUCUUGGCGUCGUGUUGACCUUUGCUGUGUAUGACACGAGCCUAGUGCCCGAUGCUACAGAAGAACAACGUAUUGAAGCAACUAUUGGGUACCUUGGUGCAUCAUACGAUAUGCCAUCGUUGGUGGAGAAACUUCUACACCAACUUGCCAGCAAACAGACGAUUGCUGUGGAUGUUUAUGACACAACUAACGCCUCAGGUCUAAUUAAGAUGUAUGGCUCAGAAAUUGGAGAUACAAGUGAACAGCACAUAAGUAGCCUUGAUUUUGGUGAUCCAUCAAGGAAUCAUGAGAUGCACUGCAGGUUUAAGCAUAAACUUCCCAUUCCUUGGACAGCGAUAACACCGUCGAUCUUAGUUCUGGUUAUUACUUUUCUUGUUGGUUAUAUAUUCAAUGAAGCCCUCAAUCGAAUUGCGACAGUUGAAGAGGACUGUCAGAAGAUGAGGGAACUCAAAGCCCGUGCUGAGGCUGCUGACGUUGCAAAAUCACAGUUCCUAGCAACUGUUUCUCAUGAGAUACGGACUCCAAUGAAUGGAGUUUUAGGAAUGCUGAAAAUGCUGAUGGACACGGAUCUUGAUGCAAAGCAGAUGGACUAUGCGCAAACUGCUCACGGAAGUGGGAAGGAUCUUACAUCACUCAUAAAUGAGGUUCUUGAUCAGGCAAAGAUUGAAUCAGGAAGGCUCGAGCUUGAGAAUGUGCCUUUUGAUAUGCGUUUUAUUCUGGAUAAUGUUUCAUCUCUCCUCUCUGGCAAGGCAAAUGAAAAAGGAAUUGAGUUGGCCGUUUAUGUUUCUAGUCAAGUUCCUGAUGUUGUAGUUGGUGAUCCAAGUCGGUUUCGGCAGAUAAUUACAAACCUGGUUGGAAACUCAAUCAAGUUCACACAGGAAAGAGGACACAUAUUUAUCUCGGUGCAUCUUGCAGAUGAGGUGAGGGAGCCUCUUAGUAUCGAAGAUGCAGUGCUCAAACAGAGACUAGCGCUAGGAUGCAGUGAGUCCGGUGAGACAGUUAGCGGGUUUCCUGCUGUAAAUGCAUGUGGAAGCUGGAAGAAUUUCAAGACAUUUUACAGCACUGAGAAUCAUAAUUCUGAUAAAAUCAAGUUACUAGUUACAGUGGAGGACACCGGAGUGGGCAUACCUGUGGAUGCACAAGGCCGAAUAUUCACGCCUUUUAUGCAAGCCGACAGUUCCACAUCGCGGACUUAUGGUGGGACUGGCAUAGGUUUAAGCAUAAGCAAGCGUCUGGUUGAACUCAUGCAAGGAGAGAUGGGGUUUGUGAGUGAGCCCGGGAUAGGCAGUACUUUUUCAUUUACUGGAGUUUUCAGUAAAGCAGAAACAAAUUCGUCUGUUACUAAGUUGGAACGAUUCGAUCUAGCUAUUCAAGAGUUUACAGGAUUGAGAGCAUUAGUUAUUGAUAACAGAAACAUUCGAGCUGAGGUGACCAGUUACCAUCUUCGGAGACUGGGAAUAUCUGCAGACAUUGUUUCGAGUCUUAGAUUGGCAUGCACCUGUGUCAGCAAAUUAGACAAUUUGGCUAUGGUUCUAAUUGACAAAGACGCCUGGAACAAGAAAGACUUUGCAGCACUUGACAAGUUGUUUACCUUUAGCAAAGUAACCUUAACAAGAAUCCCCAAGAUUUUACUUUUGGCGACCUCUGCAACUCUUACUGAGCGAAGUGAGAUGAAGUCUUCUGGUCUCAUCGAUGAGGUAGUAAUAAAGCCCCUAUUUGAAGCAACGAGGAGAGUCCGUGAUCUGGAGUAUGAAAUCAACAAGAAAAUAGCUUCUGGAGAAGUUUCUGCUGAAUUGUUCUGUAAAUUUAGUAGUUGGCACGUCCCGAUAUUAGCAAUGACAGCUGAUGUUAUACAGGCUACUCACGAAGAAUGCAUGAAAUGUGGCAUGGAUGGUUAUGUAUCAAAACCGUUUGAAGAGGAAGUGCUCUACACAGCGGUUGCAAGAUUCUUUGAACCGUGUUAAAAGGGAAGACUGAAAAGUCAUUCCCUUGUAGGAGUAUAUAUAUAUAUAUAUAUCGACCCGAGAGCUUUUUGACGUCGGGUAGUAUAUCUUGAACAUCCAUGACACUGCAAUUCAACUUGAGGUCAAGGCAAGAACCAGUCCAUUAUUGAUUGUCCUUCACAGGUCACUUUCGCUAUUAGACCUCGUCUGGUUGAGUAUGCGAAGAAACUGCGAAAGCCGCAGUCACUCUCUUUGUAUAGACAGUUUGUCAUCUUUGAUCUCCACCUGUGUGUAUAGCAGAUUUCUAGUGUAUAGCUCCAUUAUAUUCAUUCUUAGAAUAAAACUCAAACUCCCUUUAACUGUAAAACAGCAUGUAUGUUGUGUACAAAUAGUUAUGGCCUUUGAUUACAUGAUAGGAAGUGUAUAAGUGACUGUGUUUCGAAAAGCUUCCAGAAGCAGAACAAAAUCUUCCUCAAAACGAGUUAAAUGCAGAUCUGGCACAUGAUUGCAUCUGAAGCAAACCAAGAUUCCCUACUCAUAGAUCUUGAAAGUACUGAUUCUUUCUAACUAGUAUAAAGGGGUCAAAUUGCACUCAUUGUUAUAGCUCUCAAACUUAUCAACUAGAUCAGAUCUGAAUCUCUCUGUACCACUCAUUGCCUUCUUGGGAAAGAUGUCAACUUUCUUGAUAAGGAUACUUCUUCCUUUGCUAGUCAUAUGACAUUUCCGCAAUUUUCAGAGGCAGAGUCGGAACAAUAGUGCGUAGCGGAUGAACAAACGCCAGACGAUGAGUUGCAGGCAGCCCUAUCGUGGGCAUGCGGUAGCGGUGGAGCUGACUGCAGCAAAAUGCAGCAGGAGAACCAGCCAUGCUUUUUGCCCAACACAAUCAGGGAUCAUGCUUCCUUUGCCUUCAAUAGUUAUUACCAAAAUUAUAAGCAUAAAGGUGGUUCUUGUUACUUCAAAGGUGCUGCCAUGAUCACUGAGCUUGACCCCAGUCAUGGUUCUUGCCACUAUGAGUAUAACCCCUGAUUCAAAUGAUACAACAAGAUAAAAAGCUAUAAUUUUGCAUUUAUACAUUAUCCCUAUGUAAUGUGCUUCCCCUGGAAACUGUUCUCUCAUUACUCUUUAUCUUUGAUAAAAUUUCUUCAAUACAACAUGCUUUCUAUUGUG